UAGAUUUUAAUGACCAUAAUCCUUUUUCGAGAAGGCAUAAACCCCACCGCCGGAGUGCGUAAAACCCCUAUUUCUGCUAAUUUCAAUUGCAAUGGAAACCCAAAACCCCGUUCUCCGGAGCUCCGUUUAUCGAUCCGCUUCUUCAAUUCAAACCCGGAAUACCCGUUUACCCACAAGAUUACCCAUAUCUGCAAUCGGUUCUCCAAAAUGGGUUUCUCAGUGUUCAUUAUACGCAAACUGUGCACACACCAAUAGAAACUUACAGUGCAGAAAUAGUGUCGGGGAAGCCGAAUACAAAGGGGUUUCUUACUUGGAAGACGAUAAGCCAAAAUCAAAUAUCACAAGGAAAAAUUUGGCAGUGUUUGUAUCUGGCGGAGGCUCCAAUUUCCGGUCAGUUCACACGGCGACAACUAACGGCGAUGUUCAUGGCGAUGUUGUUGUUCUAGUUGCUAGUAAACAUGAUUGCGGAGGUGCAGAGUAUGCGCGCGAGAAGGGUAUUCCGGUAAUUGUGUUUCCUACAACGAAAGACAGCCAAGAGGUUCUUUCUGCUGAAGACCUUGUCGUUGCUCUGAGAUCCUACGAGGUUGACUUCAUUCUUUUAGCUGGUUAUCUGAAGCUUAUUCCUGCUGAAUUGAUUCGAUCGUAUACGAAGGCCAUACUGAAUAUCCAUCCGUCACUUCUUCCAGCAUUUGGCGGAAAAGGGUACUACGGUAUGAAGGUGCAUAAAGCCGUCAUUGCUUCUGGAGCAAGGUAUUCGGGUCCCACAAUCCACUACGUUGACGAAGAGUACGACACGGGCCGGAUCCUUGCUCAAAGGGUAGUCCCUGUACUAGCAAAGGAUACACCCGAGGAACUUGCUGCUAGAGUUCUUCACGAGGAGCAUAAAUUAUACGUGGAGGUAUCGGCUGCAUUAUGUGAAGAACGGGUAAUUUGGCGAGAAGAUGGUGUCCCUAUUAUCCGGAGCAAAGAAAACCCCCUCGAUUAUCAGUAGAAAGUAUUGAAGCAGCAUAGGGAAAAUGUGGGGCCCACAAUGGGGGUUUUGACCCCCACAAAAAAUGUAGUUUUCUUAUAAAGAGAUUUGUUAUUUUUCUAGAAUUCUAAAAAUGCAGCACCACACACGACACACCAUAACCUGGCUGGUUUCAUGUGAGGUGAAGAUUAAUGAUGUAUUAACCUUAAAAAGAAAAACAUAAUAUUGGAUUUGGAUUGACGGAUUUUGAUUUGAUGAGCGGA